UUACAUGUGAAAUUUAUUUAUUGUAGGCCUCAUGUUCUCUCUCCCCGCCCUCCUCAUCGGCGCCUGUGCCUUCGCGGCGGCGGCGGUUGCGGCGUCCGGCGACGGUUGCCGCGCCGGCUGCUCGCUGGCCAUCGCCGCCUACUACUUCUCCGAGGGUUCAAACCUCACCUUCAUCGCCACCAUCUUCGCCAUCGGCGGCGGCGGCUACCAAGCGCUGCUCCCCUACAACCCGGCCAUCACCAACCCGGACUACGUCGUCACCGGCGACCGCGUGCUCGUUCCCUUCCCCUGCUCCUGCCUCGGGCUCCCCGCCGCGCCCGCCUCCACCUUCCUCGCAGGCGCCAUCCCCUACCCGCUCCCCCUCCCCCGCGGCGGCGGCGACACCUACGACGCCGUCGCCGCCAACUACGCCGACCUCACCACCGCCGCGUGGCUGGAGGCCACCAACGCGUACCCGCCGGGGAGGAUCCCCGGCGGCGAUGGGAGGGUCAACGUCACCAUCAACUGCUCAUGCGGCGACGAGAGGGUCUCGCCGCGGUACGGGCUGUUCCUCACCUACCCGCUCUGGGACGGGGAGACGCUCGAAUCGGUGGCCGCGCAGUACGGGUUCUCGUCGCCGGCGGAGAUGGAGCUGAUCAGGAGGUACAACCCCGGGAUGGGAGGGGUCUCCGGGAAGGGGAUUGUGUUCAUCCCGGUGAAAGAUCCAAAUGGAAGUUACCACCCUCUGAAAUCAGGUGUAGGCAUUGUUCUUCUCUUCUGUGGAAUGGGGAAUAGCCUUUCUGGAGGAGCGAUAGCAGGAAUUGUGAUAGCUUGCAUUGCUAUUUUCAUUGUGGCCAUAUGGUUGAUUAUCAUGUUCUAUAGGUGGCAAAAGUUCAGGAAGGCCACAUCGCGUCCAUCUCCAGAAGAAACCAGCCACCUUGAUGAUGCUUCCCAAGCUGAAGGCAUUAAGGUUGAGAGAUCCAUAGAAUUCUCAUAUGAAGAGAUUUUUAAUGCAACACAGGGAUUUUCUAUGGAACAUAAAAUUGGGCAAGGUGGUUUUGGUUCAGUGUAUUAUGCUGAGCUUAGAGGCGAGAAAACUGCCAUAAAGAAAAUGGGCAUGCAAGCAACUCAAGAAUUCCUUGCUGAACUGAAGGUCUUGACACAUGUUCACCACUUGAAUCUGGUGCGCCUGAUUGGUUAUUGUGUUGAGAAUUGCUUAUUUCUUGUCUAUGAAUUUAUUGACAAUGGAAACCUAAGUCAGCAUCUCCAAAGGACUGGUUAUGCGCCUCUCUCAUGGGCUACCAGAGUGCAAAUUGCCCUAGACUCAGCACGUGGUCUUGAGUACCUUCAUGAACAUGUUGUUCCAGUAUAUGUUCAUAGGGAUAUCAAGUCUGCAAAUAUCCUAUUAGACAAGGACUUCCGGGCAAAGAUUGCUGAUUUUGGACUAGCAAAACUUACAGAAGUUGGAAGUAUGUCGCAGUCACUGUCAACACGAGUUGCUGGUACAUUUGGUUACAUGCCUCCAGAAGCUCGAUAUGGUGAGGUUUCUCCUAAGGUGGAUGUCUAUGCUUUUGGUGUCGUCCUUUAUGAACUUCUUUCAGCCAAACAAGCUAUUGUGAGAUCAAGUGAAUCUGUUAGCGAAUCAAAAGGACUGGUUUUCCUGUUUGAGGAGGCCCUCAGCGCUCCAAACCCCACGGAAGCUCUUGACGAACUGAUUGAUCCGAGCCUGCAAGGGGACUACCCCGUCGACUCGGCUCUCAAGAUUGCGUCCCUUGCAAAGUCCUGCACGCAUGAGGAGCCCGGGAUGAGGCCUACCAUGAGAUCCGUCGUCGUUGCCCUGAUGGCGCUCACAGCCAACACCGAUCUUCGCGACAUGGACUACCACCCUUUCUGAGGACAGGUUAACUGGACCAAGUGUAAAAAUGUAAAGUGAUGUGUAAAAAUGUGCAGUUAGUCACUUGAUGGAUGCAUAUCCCAUUUAAUUGUAGGCAAAAUUUGGGUACCUGAGGAAAGCAAAACAGAAGAAUAGUUUCCUGUAAUUGUUUUCCUCUCUGAUUCAGUGAAAAUAUACAAGCGUAAGAAUAGUUUAUGCCUUCACUCAAUUUGCUACCUGUACAAAGUAUAAACAGAAA